CUGGGUGGAGAAGGGAGCGAGAGCGUCAGUUCUCCGCCUACACAGGAGAGGUUUCUGUUGCUAGACCGAGUUAGUCGGGGUGGUCGAGGAUCUGCAGAGGAGCAAGCACAGAGGGACUGGAAAGGCGAUGCAUUACCAGUGUGCUUUCGCUCUGCGUUAGUGGGGUUGCCCGGCACGACUCAGUCUGACAACUGAGGCGGAAAAGUGAGAGGUUCUGCCAUUGGCCGAACCAGUUAACCCCUUGCAGCUGCAGGAGGAGCUCUGCAGGCGGAGGAGGAGCCAGGGUAACCCCUGAGAAAUUGGAACCCUUUCCUCCAGUAGAUUAGAGGCAGAGCCCAGUAGGAGUCCCCUCCGCUUGCGGGUAGGAAGCUUGGGGAAGCCGACUCAUGGAAGAAAAGCAGAUCCUGUGCGUGGGGCUGGUGGUGCUGGACAUCAUCAAUGUGGUGGACAAAUACCCAGAGGAGGACACGGAUCGCAGGUGCUUGUCCCAGAGAUGGCAACGUGGAGGCAACGCAUCCAACUCCUGCACUGUCCUUUCCUUGCUUGGAGCCCGCUGUGCCUUCAUGGGCUCCUUGGCCCCUGGCCAUGUUGCUGACUUUGUCCUAGAUGACCUACGCCAGCAUUCUGUGGACCUACGCUAUUUGGUCCUCCAGACUGAGGGCUCCAUCCCUACUUCUACUGUCAUCAUCAAUGAGGCCAGUGGGAGCCGCACCAUCCUGCACGCCUACAGCUUCCUGGUGGCUGACUUCAGGCGGAGGGGUGUGGAUGUGUCUCAAGUGGCCUGGCAGAGCCAGGGAGAUACUCCUUGCUCUUGCUGCAUCGUCAACAACUCCAACGGCUCCCGUACUAUUAUACUCUAUGACACAAAUCUGCCAGAUGUGUCUGCUAAGGACUUUGAGAAGGUUGAUCUGACUCGGUUCAAGUGGAUCCACAUUGAGGGCCGGAACGCGUCAGAACAGGUGAAGAUGCUGCAGCGGAUAGAACUGUAUAACGCCUCCCAGCCUCUGCCGCACAAGGUCCGGGUGUCGGUGGAGAUAGAGAAGCCCCGGGAGGAGCUCUUCCAGCUGUUCAGCCAUGGCGAGGUGGUGUUUGUCAGCAAAGAUGUGGCCAAGCACCUGGGGUUCCAGUCAGCAGCAGAGGCCCUGAGGGGGUUAUACAGUCGUGUGAAGAAAGGGGCUACGCUUGUCUGUGCCUGGGCUGAGGAGGGCGCCGAUGCCCUGGGCCCUGAUGGCCAGCUGCUGCACUCGGAUGCCUUCCCACCGCCCCGAGUCGUAGACACUCUAGGAGCUGGAGACACCUUCAAUGCCUCUGUCAUCUUCAGCCUCUCGAAGGGAAAUAGCAUGCAGGAGGCCCUGAGAUUUGGAUGCCAGGUAGCUGGCAAGAAAUGUGGCUUGCAGGGCUUUGAUGGCAUUGUGUGAGAGGUGUGUGAGUGGGUGGUGAGAGGCACCAGCUCAACUCCUCAAAGGCUGACACCAAUUGCUUGCCUGCCAUCGCCUUCUCCGUGUAACCCAGCCUGGCACCCGGCUGCCCUAUUCCCUGGGCAGGUGUAGGCUGUGGAAAGGACUGUGCCUGUGUCCGUGUUUCUGUAUACCUCCAUCUCCACUCUGCAGAAACUCGGAGCAAAUAAAUCUUCCUCUGAG